AUGGCUACGGCAUCUCACAUCGAGUUGAAUCCUGCCCACGCAGGAGUCUACCAUACCCCAGACAUAACUACAGGAUCCGGCAAAAUUGGAAGCCAGCUUCUUCAGGAAAAUCACGACAAUUACCACAUCUACUUCAACAAUAGUGGCUUCCACAACCACAUCGUGCACCAUCUCUUAACCAUCUACGCCCUGGGAGCCUCUCCCGAAGAGAUCCAGAAGGCCUUUGAUAUUAACAAGUCUUAUCAGAGACCCCAGUAUCCGGUGAAUCAAGGGGAAGUCGAGAUCCUUGCAGACCAGGACAAAUUCAAGGGGUUCUUGGGCCAGGAGAAAUAUUUCCAUGACUUUGAGGUCUUCUUCCAAAACGAGGUUGAGCAGAAGGGCUGGGAGAAUGUCAUCAACGAGCACGUCUUUGCGCGGAAUGAACACGCUGAGAGGAUGCUUGUCAGAAUGUUUGCCGGCUUCUUACAUCCCUUGAUCCACCUUGGGUUUGGUGUCGAGUUCAAGCAGCCAGCCAUCAUCGUUGAAGCACUUGCUCAGGCAGCAGUACACGAUGGGUGGACAGGGGAAUUCCUUCACGCCGCCGAGGACGCUGCGAAAGGGAAUACGACGUCGAAAAGCUUGGUGCAGCUUCUUCACGAGGCCCGUGCAAAUGAACAGCUCCGCAAAUCAGCCCACUGGGAGGAUGGCAACAAAGUCCGAGAUGGUGUCUUCCGCCGCGCGCCCGAUGAAAUGAUAUCACUGGCGUCUCAGUGGCACGUCAGACCUGAUGAGCUGGAGCAAAAGACAGCUGAAAUGAUCAAUGCGGCCGUUUAUUUCACAGGUGCAGCACAGAAGCCCACCAAGCAGGUCAAGUUCGACUUCUUCUACAUGCACUGCGUCAACGCGUCCAUCUUCUUCUCGACAUUCUUGAAGGAACCCUGGCUGAAGACGGAGGACAAGUGCAGGCUGCUAGAGUGGAAGGGCCGACUAGAUCUUGCACUGUACGUGUCGCGAGGAUGUCCGGAACUGUUGAUCGACGAAAUCAAGAACUAUCGACCCAACAAGUCGAGUGAUGGAUGGACAGAGAUUAUACGUCGAGUGGACCGGUUUCCCGACGAUGGACAUGCCAGUAAACUUGUCCGCGCCAUCGCAAACAGCGAGCAAGUUUCCAAGCAGUACGAGAGCCAAGGGGACGACAUCUUCCCUAUCAAAGGCGACAUGUUCUUGAAGCUUGCCCACAUGGCAAUUGACUCGGUCGAAGCGAGUGAACCCACCUGGGUGAGAUCUACGGGCUUUGACCAGGCGUGGGAGAAAGUGCCAGCCCGGGCGAAGCUGUAA